GGUUAGAUAUAUAUAUCGUUGCGAGAACACUAGAGAUCUGUCUCUAUUAAACCCGGAAGCCAUUAGUUCCAUGCAGAUUACCUGCAGAUUCAGACAUCCUUAAGUAUCAUCAAUCAGUUGGGCGAAGCUGACUUGCGAUUUGUUGUCUUGACUUUCUGCCCGUGUAAGGUUAUUGUUACUUGAUUCCGAAGGCAACCGUGCCAGACACUCCUAUUUUAGAAACCGUUUCCUCUUCUGCAACGUAAAGGCUGCUCGCGACGAGAUGAGGGACAGAAUGGAGAGGCUUGUUCUCCUGCCAUUUGCUGUCGGGUGCAUGUCGGAGUCGAGUGUUGGUGUAGCUUCCCCUCCUGCCCGCCGAUCAGCACGAGCCCCUGGCCUGCGCUCUCCUCCAAUAAAACGGGAGGAAUCGGAUGAAGAAACUUCGUCAGAAGAAGGGACGAAGAACUCUGCCAGUUCCCUCGCCCUUCCAAAACCCAACAUAUCCACCGGAAUUCACAAGAUGUUCAAAGGUUUCAAGAAUUUCUCCCACUUGUUCGCAGUGUACAAGGAAGACAUGGAAGAGGAGGAGAUGGAAAUACAAAUAGGACUGCCCACAGAUGUGAAACAUGUCACACACAUAGGAUGGGAUGGGUGCGCAGCGAACCCUGAUCUCCCGAUGAAAGCCCACACCUGGGACAGCUUCUUCAUCGACCCUGCGCUGCUUCAGAACAGCGAUCUCUGUGAGCACAUUCCCUCUCCGUUUCCCACAGCUUGUGGCCUUGAACAGCUUGAGAGUCGAUCCGAGAGUAAACAGGAUGCAAAAACAGCCAAUAUGGAGCCCCACUCGGACCCUGUUCCUCUCAAAGGAUAAAUUCUUUCGAGCAGAUUGCUUCAUCAUGUGGAGGUGAUGCUAGGACCGAGGAGGUUUACGUAUUUAAUUUUCGCAAGGCAUCACCCAACAAAAAUCAUACUGGAGUCAUAUAUGUUCCUGUGAGUUUGGUGAUUCUGUAAAGCUUCGCAUGGCUUUGUUGUAUUCAUGUCAUCGAUGUGCACAUCCAAUUCGCCUAGCUUGAGUAUCAAUAUAAUGCCAUAAAAUCAGCUUAUUUAAAUGUGUAAGACAUCAGCUACUA